UGCAAAACUAAUAUAAAAAGAAAAAACCCUAAUUUAUUGGACCAAAAAAAAAGGAAAUCACGAAGAGAUUGUUUCUUAUAAAUAUAGGUCUUAGGGAAAGACAGAUCAAAUAUCUUUUUUCUCGCGUGUUCUUGUGUUCUGAAGCUAUGGCAGCACGCAACGCCGACUUAAGCCUUCCGAUGAGACUUCAAUGCAACAAUUGUGAUAAUAUCAUGAGUAAGGGCACUAAAUUCACUAGCCGUGUAGAAGACGUCAUUGGCGAGACGUACCUUGGGAUUAAAAUCUUUAGGUUUCAGAUCCAGUGCACCAACGGCUCUCAUGAGAUGAAGUUUAGGACCGAUCCAAAGAACGCUGAUUUUAUAAUCGAAUCAGGUGCAACUCGCCUUCUAUUGCCGGAUUAGCUAGGGUUUGUUGGACCAAAUCUAGGAUUAUGUUAAUUUGAUUCUGCUGGAUAUUGUCUACGUAUUUUUUUAC